AUGGAUGAACACGAUGCUCUAAAAUACAUUUUUGGGAGCAAUUUGAGGCAUUAUGCAGAGAGCACAGGGCAGAUAUACAAGAUAUCGGUUGGAGAUAAAUACUUUGAGUUCCGCUGCCGAGAAGACUAUCCAAACAGCAUUCCUGAAGUACUUUCCAAUGUAGAGAAUGAGGUUCUGGAAGGUGUGAUUCAGAAAGCAGAAAGGUAUGUUUCGACUCCUAUGAUCUUUGACAUAAUCAGGAUGACUUUUAGAAAGCUGGAGGAAAGCGGCAUAGGAAAGGACACAAAAAGAAUAUCAGCUUGUUAUAGUGUGGAUGACGACCAAAGAAUCACAGAGGAAGACUUUUUAAAUUGGAGAAAGAAAACGCAAAGAAUAGUGAGCCGAAAGAGUGGAAGAACCGGGAAGGAAAUAUUCCUAGAGAGAAAAAGAGGCAAGGAAGAAAUUCAAGAUGAUAUAUAA